AUGGUUGCGGAAACGAAACUAUAUGACUCACUGAAUAUCUCCCCAACCGCUACUCAAGAUGAGAUUAAAAGGGCCUAUAAGAAAGCAGCACUGAAAUUCCACCCGGAUAAGAAUAAGAAUAACCCAGAUGCUGUAGAGAAAUUUAAAGAGGUAUCCCAAGCCUACGAAGUCCUGUCCGACCCCGAAAAACGAAAAGUAUACGACCAAUAUGGCCUUGAAUUCCUACUGCGCGGGGGUACCGCAGAGCCUCCUCCUGGCGCUGGCGGGCCGGGCGGAAUGCCCUUCGGAGCUGGUGGAAUGCCCGGUGGUUUCGCGGGCUUUGGAGGCAUGCCCGGCGGUGGUGGUACGCGAACAUUCCACUUCUCCACAGGCGGCGGCGCCGGUGGAUUCCACUUCAGCAACCCGGAGGAUAUCUUCUCGAACUUUGCCCGCUCGGGUGGCGCGGAGAUGGAGGACGACGACCUGUUUUCGAUCUUGGGCGGCUUAGGUGGUGCGAGGGGAGCUGGCGCACGGCGUAAAGGUGCUGCGAAUGGGGCGCGGAGGGCGCCCACGCCAGAGGUUACGACGGUGGAACGGCCUUUGCCGCUUUCACUGGAGGAAUUGUUUACGGGCGUGCAUAAGCGGAUGAAGAUUAAGAGGAAGACUUUUAAUGAGCGGACGGGGAAGAGAAGUGUGGAGGAUAAGAUUUUGGAGUUUGAUGUCAAGCCUGGAUUGAAGGCGGGGAGUAAGAUUAAGUAUGCUGGGGUGGGGGAUCAGGAGGAAGGAGGCACACAGGACCUUCAUUUUAUUAUUACUGAGAAAGAGCACCCAACCUUCAAACGUGACGGCGACGAUCUAAUCACAACUAUCGACAUCCCCCUCAAAGAAGCUCUAACAGGAUGGAACCGCACCGUAACCACCAUAGACGGCAAACAACUUCGAGUAUCUGGGGCGGGGCCGACACAACCAGGCUUCGAGGAGAAAUUCCCAUCCCUCGGCAUGCCGAAGUCGAAAUUCCCCGGCCAGCGGGGGGAUUUGAUUGUGAAAGUCCAAGUUAAGUUCCCGACGACGUUGACGGCAGCGCAGAAGUCGAAGUUGAAGGAGAUUCUAUAA